AGGCUGCCCCAGACCAGUCCUAGGAGGAAUCCAAAGCUCCCGACUGCCCUGGGGUGUGGGUCACAGCGCCCAGCCCGCGGAUGCUGCAAUGACCUCACAGCGUGAAACCCAGCUUCCCACCUGACUGAGUCAGCUGGAAACAAACACAUCGCUGCCGCGCUGCCACCACAGCCACGCCACUCAUCAGUCCCACAGCAGCGGCAGACGGGCACAGUCCUCUGCUGGCCUAGACUGAGGCCCAGGGCCAGAGACGACAGCCAGCGGGGGGGCCUCUGCCUCCUGCCUAGGAGCAAGCGCGUGGAGGCUGAGCGCAAGGAGCCCCGGCCAGCCAAGAUCCAGCUCGGUGGCCCCGCGGCCCCCGCUCCACCUCGUAAGUGCUGCUUUUUUCCUCUGGGGUUUUUCCACGUCCUGUGAAGUAACCAGGCCACAGGAUCCCUGGGGAGCUCCCUCUUCCAGGCCCGAGGACUUGGCUGAGCAGAGACCCAGGGCUGCUUCUAGCCCCUGCCAGGGCUGUCUCCCCGAUUCCUGGCAUCCACUAGGGACCAAUGGUCACUAGUUGCUCUGGGACACCUGUGCGGGGCUUCUGAGAGGACAGGCCUGUCCGCUGCCUCCCCAGGGCACAUGGAGACCUGGAGGAAAGGCUCCUUCCGCAAUGCCUCCUUCUUCAAGCGGCUGACCCUGGGGCGGCCCCGGCGCCUGCGGAGGCAGGGCAGCGUGCUCAGCCAGGCCAGCACUGCGGGCGGCGACCACGAGGAGUACAGCAACCGCGAGGUCAUCCGGGAACUGAAAGGGAGGCCAGAUGGCCGGCGUCUCCCCUUGUGGGGGGAUGAACAUCCCCGGGCCACCUUGCUGGCUCCUCCCAAGCCCCCUCGUCUGUACCGAGAAAGCUCCAGCUGCCCCAACAUCCUGGAGCCCCCAACCCCCUACACUGCCGCCUACGCCGCCACCCUGCCCUCCGCGCUGUCCCUGGCGGGCCCGCUCCACCACUUCUCCGAGGAGGACCUUUCGGCCACACCCGCCCGCCCGAGGACGCCUGCUCCCGACCUCGGUGACCCCUUCGUCUCCUUCAAAGUGGACCUGGGGAUCUCACUGUUGGAGGAGGUUCUACAGAUGCUGCAGGAGCAGUUCCCCAGCGAGCCCCGCUGCUGAGUGUGGUGAGGGCGGGCGAAGUUGGGGUGACAGGAGGAACAAAGCCUGGGGACCCGGGAAGGAAGGUGCAGCAGGGGAUUAAGGAUCAGACAGGGGCAGAGACCCAUGGCUCUCCACCUCACCCCAACUGGGAAUGCUGGGGAUCCUUUCUGGCAGUAGCCCGGAAGGAAGCUGGCGAGGCCAGGAAAGGGAGGCCACACCCUGAGCCACAGGAGCCAGGCAGAGGCCCACAGAGGAGGAGAGGCCGAGUCAGGGUGUGGGAGGACAGUGUGGGCAGAACGCCGUGCCUGUGCCAGCUUCUUAAAAGCCACUAGUAACAGGUCCCCGCACUUGGAAGACGGGGUCCAACCCAGGCCGCCAGGAAGGGGGGUGCUGAGAGAACGAGGAAACAGCCCAAGCCAGUCGCCACUUGCUACACUGGAUGCUUAAGUGCCAGUUCAAUGCAAGUUAUAAAACAAACCCAGGCCUCAUGACACGAGGCUCACUGGACCAAGGCCUCGCCGGUGCCGCCCACUCACAGCACAGCAUGAGACCGGCAUCGCUGAGCAACACUGGUGUUUCUGGAGCCAUCAGUGGACGGCGGGGCAAGGGA